UGUCUCUGUCACACUGGUGGAAAAUCAGGAAAAGCAAGAAAGGGGUGUUUCAACCCGGACCUGUGGGAGGAGUAAAACUAGACGAGAAAUAUUGUAUGAUUCGUUUACUUCCUCGUUCCUCGUCCUAUAGUGGCAAAAGUCACGUCUCCAGCUGGUGAACAUUUUAAAGAUAUUGACGGCAACUAAGGAUUAAUGUAGCACUGUCUCUUUAAAAAAAAUGUACCGCAUAUUGUCCAGGAAGUUGUCACGUAAUCGGAGGACGGCGUUCAUUGGUGCAGUUGAAACGCUCGAACAUCUUGAGAAUGGCUCUAGCAGGAUCGGACACCACGGAAGAAGGAAAAGGCGAGACGUUUCUACUUAAAGCCAUCAAAAUAGGUGGUGUGGUCGUACUUUAUUGGUUCAUUUCAAUAACCAUGGUGUUCUUAAAUAACUACUUGCUAGACAGUAAAGAUUUGGACGCGCCGCUAUUUGUGACAUUUUACCAGUGCCUUGUGACUGUCGGACUGUGCUAUGGCAUGCACUUGCUAUCCCACUUAUGUCCGGGUGUCAUCGACUUCCCCUCCGUCAAAUUCGACCUAAAGGUAUGCCGGGAGGUUCUACCCCUGUCCAUCGUGUUCAUUGGAAUGAUAACCUUCAACAACUUGUGCCUGAAGCAUGUAGGGGUGGCCUUCUACACUGUCGGCAGGUCACUCAGCACAGUCUUCAACGUUCUACUCUCCUACGUGAUCCUCAAGCAGACCACGUCCUUCUACGCCAUCCUGUGUUGUGGAAUUAUUCUAGGUGGAUUCUGGUUGGGUGUGGACCAGGAAGGUGUGGCGGGCUCCCUGUCGUGGGCGGGUGUGUUUUUCGGUGUGCUGGCCAGCGCCUGCGUCUCCCUCAAUGCCAUCUUCACCAAGCGGGUCAUGCCGGCGGUAGACGGAAACAUCUGGAAGCUCUCCUUCUACAACAACAUCAACGCCUGCAUCCUCUUCCUCCCACUCAUCCUCGUCUUCGGUGAGGUCGGCCACCUCGUCCAUUUCAGCCGCCUGGGUGACCCUACAUUCUGGGGCAUGAUGACGCUGGGCGGCGUGUUCGGUUUCGCCAUCGGCUACGUGACGGGCCUCCAAAUCAAGUUCACGAGUCCGCUCACGCACAACGUGUCGGGGACGGCCAAGGCCUGCGCUCAGACGGUCAUCGCUGUGGUCUAUAACCAGUCCAGUAAAAGUUUCCUGUGGUGGACUAGUAACCUGAUGGUCCUUGGUGGGUCUUCUGCCUACACCUGGGUCAAAGGCAUGGAGAUGAAGAAGGUCCAUAUUCCCCAGGAGGAGUCCAAAGAGAAACUGCUAGGGGAGAAGAGUGAUGCCGGGGUAUAGUGGGACUAGGAUGACCUUCCACCACGGUGGUGGUGACCUGGGGGUAUAGUGGGACUAGGAUGACCUUCCACCACGGUGGUGGUGACCCGGGGGUAUAGUGGGACUAGGAUGACCUUCCACCGCGGUGGUGGUGACCCGGGGGUAUAGUGGGACUAGGAUGACCUUCCACCGCGGUGGUGGUGACCCGGGGGUAUAGUGGGACUAGGAUGAACUUCCACCGCGGUGGUGGUGACCCGGGGGUAUAGUGGGACUAGGAUGACCUUCCACCGUGGUGGUGACCCGGGGGUAUAGCAGGAUGAGGAUGACCUUCUGCCAUGGUGGUGGGGACGUUGACCCGCUGAUGACAGAAGACAAUGUAAACACUAAGGCCUAACCACAGAGUUGUUUCUACAGGGAUGUUCUGUUGGAACAGUUGGGCUGUGUGCUGUCAAUAUAAAUGAACGUUACUAUAGUAACACAAACAGAGGUGUAGGAAGGCUACGGGGUUGUUUUGUUACUCAGUGGGACCUUAUUGUUUUAUCAUUUCCUUAGAAGGUUAUUUUGUCCAAUUCUGUUAAUUAUUCAGUGUAUGGAGGGUCAUGAAUUAUAACCUAAAUCAUUCCUGUCUCUUCUUUCAGAACAUUAUUCAUAUGUCUGCAGGAAGUAUCUAAAUCAAGUGACUUUCCUGUUAGCCUGUAUGUGUCAUCAGUAAUGUGACGCAAAACUGCAAUAUGACAGUUUUCUGGCAAGUGGGGCUCUUAUGUUGGGUAUACAGUUUGCAUAUGGAGGGUGGAGACCGACUGUAAGGUUACAAUCGCUCACCGAAGUUAAUAAGUGAUUAAGCCAGUGCUGGUUUUAUGGACCGCUUUACGUUAUAUCUUUGAAGCAGUGACACUGUAGGUGAUACAAGUGAAAACCGUCAAAGAGAUGGUUGAUUCUCUCUGGCUUCAGUAGGGGCACUACAAUUAGAAUAAUUGACAACAAAGGAUGUAAUCUGAACUGUUUAUGCCCUGAGAUGGAGAUUUUCUAUGGCUGUUUAUUUUGUGUGUUUUUUUCUUGAAAAGUAACAGAUUAUAGAAGGAAUGUUAAAGAUAAUGUCUGUGUUGAUGUAUUGUCUGUGUCAUGAAACUUCAAUCAUGAAGGAAAACUGUUGGGUAACCGGCCAAGUGGCCUGCGGGAGCAUCAUCAUUAUGAUGUCAUAACUCCUUCCUGUCUCAGUGCUGGGUUGAGACCCUGCACUCUAAAACACCCUCAUUUCCUAAAGUUAUCUCUGCUUGUCCUCUUCUGUAGUGUCAUCAUUUCAGACCAAUGAGAUAUAAGGAAAUGGGACACGAGAAAAGGAAUUUACAUAGAAAGACUCAAGGCUGGUGAUCUGAGAGAUCCUAAAAUGUGGGUCUUUCAGAUUUCAGGUUUUGCUUCUGCGUCCACUUGACACAAAGUCUGUUUUUCUUCUAUAUAUUUGUUGCUCGGGGUUUGUAGUGUGUUGGAAGAUACCGGACAUGGGAUUUCAGAGCUGGUUAGCCGACAUAGACGGGUAUUGCGUUUUUAAGAAAAGAUACAGAUUUAUUUUAGAAAAUAUGAAGUUAUUCAGUGAUGUGACUCUUUUUUAUGUGCACUUCAGAAAUAUAAAUGGACAUUCUGUUAAUCAUAA